AUGAAUUUAUAUGUGUGUUUAACUUGCCUAUGCUUGGGGGAUAGUGCUGCUGCUCCACAACUUGACUGGACUUUAGAGGCUAAAUGGCAUCAGUGGAAGUCACAACAUAGAAGGGGCUAUGGAGCGACUGAAGAUCAGUGGAGGAGAGCAAUGUGGGAGAAGAAUUUGAGAAUGAUUGAAUUGCACAAUCAAGAGUACAACACUGGCAAACAUAGUUUCCAGAUGGAAAUGAACAAGUUUGGCGAUAUGACCAAUGAGGAAUUCAGACAAGUGAUGAAUGGCUUUAGACAAAACACAUUUCAAAAGAAGUACAAACGAACUCUGUUUCAUGAACCUCACUUUGUGCAGAUCCCUGAAUCUGUAGACUGGAGAGACAAGGGCUAUGUAACUCCUGUUAAGAAUCAGGGUCGAUGUGGUUCUUGCUGGGCAUUUGGUGCAACUGGUUCCCUGGAAGGCCAAUGGUUCCGUAAAACAGGCAAACUUGUUUCACUUAGUGAACAGAAUUUGAUUGACUGCUCUAGGAAUGAUGGCAACCGAGGCUGUAAUGGUGGUUUAGUAGAUAAUGCCUUUGAAUAUGUGAAGAAAAAUGGAGGCAUUGAUACAGAGGAAUCAUAUCCCUAUGCAGCAAUGAAUGGCUACUGUAGGUAUCAGCCAGAAAACUCUGGUGCUAAUGUCACUGGAUAUGUGGACAUCCCAUCUGGGCAAGAAAUGGAACUAGCAGAGGCUGUGGCCACAGUGGGUCCCAUCUCUGUUGCUGUUGAUGCAGGACAUGCAUCCUUCCAAUUCUAUCGAUCUGGUGUUUAUUAUGACCCACUCUGCAGUAGUGAACAGCUAGAUCAUGUCAUGCUGCUUGUGGGCUAUGGUGAUGAUGAAGAUACUGGAAAGAAAUACUGGAUUGUCAAGAACAGCUGGGGUGACCAGUGGGGAGACAAUGGGUACAUUUUAAUGGCCAGGGAAGAGAGUAACCACUGUGGAAUAGCGACAGCUGCCAGCUAUCCUGAAGUAUGA